CAGGCAGGCAAUGCUGAGUUGCUCCAGUCGCUCAGUCAGCCUCGAGCCCUGGGCCUGGGAGUCCAAGGGCUCCACCCCACCUCUCCAGCCCUGCCCAAGGAUUUACAGAGUCAUCUGGACUGCUGGAACGCUUGCAAUGCCUUCUCCAGCCUUUCCCUGAUGGUGGAUGGACAUGGGGGGCUGUGGUUAACCUGCAUAUGGGAAGAGCCCUGACCCCCACCGGUCCCCAGGAUGACUCCCCAGCAGAAAGCCAGCCUGCCACAAGGGCGGAGUGAGCAGGAUUUGCGAGGAGAGCGGCCUCUCACCCAGGAGUGGGGCAAGAUAAUGAAGCCCAUCGUACAACGGAGGCGCUCAACUUCAGCUGCACUAAGCAAAGCACUCAGCAAGUCCAAAUGUCACUCCAGCAGGGAAAUUAUAUUUUCAUCAUCCCACCCAGCUAAUGGGCUCCCAACAGGUGCCUUUGGUAACCCAAAUUCCAUUUUCAUCUUGGAUGAACGUGUACAGCUAACCACGGGCCUACAGACGCAAGAGAGACAUUUGUUUCUCUUCAGUGAUAUGUUACUCAUUGCCAAGUCCAAGUCUUCCUCGAGCUUGAAACUGAAAAAGCAGGUGCACCUGAGUGAGGUGUGGACAGGCUCCUGUCUCAGUGAAGUGUCAGAGAAAAAGAUGAGCCCUGAGACUUCCUUUGUGAUUGGCUGGCCCACCAUCAACUAUGUUGUCACUUACAGCUCCCCUGAAGUGAAGGAGCGGUGGCUGUCGACACUGCUGUGGCACAUCAAUGAAAUAAAGCAGGAUGAGUAUCCAAAACGUCUAUCCAUGCAGAUUUUCUUGAUAGACGGUGACAACAGCUCUUCCAGUACUGCAAUAAAUGUCUCCACCACAGAAACAACAGAGUGUGUCAUCAAGAGGACAACUCAACAGCUGAGACUUCCUGGCCGACCAAGAGACUAUCACCUCUGGGUAAUAUCAGGAAGGGACAAUCCUGCCUACCCUCUCAUUGGCCAUGAGCAUCCCUGCAGCAUUAUUCUUGCCUGCCUCCGCGACUCUGUGGACCUGCUCCAAGGAACCAACAACAAUGUGCUCCUGACUGAUGACUAUGAAGCUUCUCUCCUGGAUCAGCUCCCCAGGGAUAGGCAAUGUCAGUUCAUCCUGAAACCCAGACCCCAUGCUCCAGUGCAAGUGCAGACAGAAACUUUGCAGAAACACACCAAGAGGAAGAAAUCUUUGAUUGAUUGGGUCCGCCGCAGUACCAGCACACCAACUGGCAGCCCAGCAUCGCAAUCCCCAAGCAGCCCGCGGAAACUUUUUGGCCUCUCCCUAGCAUCUGUGUGUCCUGAUGGAAGCCUUCCCAAGCCCAUUCUGGAUAUUCUACAACUGCUGUACCAUGAAGGUCCAUCCACAAGAGGCAUCUUCAGGCGUUCAGCCAAUGCCAAGAUUUGCAAAGAGCUGAAAGAGAAACUCAACACUGGAGAUGAUGUUCAGGUGGAUGGUGAAUCUGUCUUUGUGGCGGCAGCAGUCAUAACGGAUUUUCUGCGAAAUAUACCUGACAGUGUUCUGUCCUCAGACAUGCACAGCCUGUGGAUGGAAGCCAUGGAUAAGGAAAACCAGGCACAUAAGAUUGAAGCACUCAAGAGUUUAGUGAAUCAACUCCCAGAAGCUAACCUCAUUUUGCUCAGACACCUGUUUGGAGUCCUGUAUCACAUUGAGCAAAAUGCCGUCGAGAACCAGAUGAAUGCCUUCAACUUGGCUCUCUGCAUAGCUCCCAACAUGCUCUGGCUUCCCAGCCCAACAGGCCCUGAGGAGGAAAGCAAAGCUACGAAGAAGGUGGCCAGGCUGGUGCAGUUCCUGAUUGAAAAUUCAGCUGAAGUUUUUGGAGGGGACAUAGCUACAUUGUUCGAGCCACCAGAUAAAGAGACGUCCAAGAGUGUGGAUGACUUGCUGGGUCAGCAGAAUGAUUCCUCGGAUGAAAUGGAAUAUGCCGCACCUCACCGGGAACGAGCAAAGCAGCAUUAUAUGCUGGAAGCGGAUGACAGCCUGUUCAGCCCAUCUGAGGGGCUGCUGCUUAGCACAGAGCAAGAGAACUGGGAUUUGUUUAGUGAGAUCACUGCUUGCUACCAAAGCAAAACCAGGGGUCUUGCCAGCUCUGGCAGUUACGGCCUCCUGGGAGAGGAAGGCUCCUUCUGCUCACUGAGCCCUGCAAGGAAUCGGUGCUCCUCUGAGCCCAGCGUCUGCCUGAGCUCUCAGCAUCCCACCCAGGACCAUGAGCCAGUGGUCCGGCAGUCCAGCUGUGACGCCACCAUCGUGCACAGCCAUGGAGAUUACAUCCGAAGGCUCAAGCAGCUGCAGCUGGAGAGUCAGAAGCUGAUUGACGAAGGGUUGAGCCCUGGUCUGAACAGAGCAAGGCAGAGGAGUCUCUGGAGACCUCCUCCAAGCAGCAGCGUGGCAAGACAGCUUGGCCUUCAGAAGACAUGCUUGUCCAGCAGGUCCAGUUUCUCCAGCCUGUCCUCCACCACCACAUCCCCUUCAGCCUCUUCGUUAAGCUCCUUGGACAGUGCUUUCUCCUACUGCUCUGAAUCGUCUGCCUUCAGCCCCACUGAUGUCUCCACCCUGCCAUUCAUGUUUGGCACAUCCACUAGGCUCCAUGCCUUGUCCCCCAAGAUAGCAAAGAGGUCCUUGAAAGAACGGCACAAACCCCUGACCUCUCCUUUGCCACCAGGCCCUUGCAGUGUAGACAUUUGCCCUGAGAACCAGGGGCAGGGCCAAGACAGCCGCUGCAGCAGCGGGGCAGGGAGGGUCUUCAUGCCUGUCCAUGCCAUGGGAAGCUCACUUGAUGAGGACAGCUGGGAUGAAGGCAAGACAGAGGCAAGAUACUCUGAGAUGCUCUGUCAUGCUCCUGUCAAGCCAGACUCCAGGGACUGUGUCCCUAACACAGAGCGUUCCGCUCUGCUGAGCCAGCAAGCACAGAGGGAGACAUCUGUGAAGCACAUUGAGAUAAAAUGUCCUGAAGCUGCAAUUCGCAGUCAAGGAAGCUUGAAGCGCACCAAGAUCACAGUAUACAUGGUCCCAAAAGAGAGGAGUCCAAGAGCAUCUCCUGUGGGGCAAGAUGAGGAGGAUGUAGCUCCAGGAAGCAACGGGGGCACCCACUCAGAUGGCAACAGCCACCAAAGUGUCCCCAAAAGCCUACAAAGUGUAAGAGUUCAUAUUCCACAGACGGUGUUUUAUGGGCAAAACACUCCUCUGGUCCUCCAGUCUGUCUCAAGGAGAUUCCACCAUGAAUCUGUGGUGGCCCCCCAAACCACUCCACUCGUGGCAGAGGAGCUAGGGCAUCCCGUUCAGCAAGGAGGAAGACACAAUAAGGACAGCAGGAGCACCUUCAGCCACACCUUCCGGAUUGUCCUCCCGGCCACCGUCCGCAACACUGUCCGGGAGUACUUUAGUCGGGAGAGCUCUAAGGGCCACUGCACGGCAGGAGCUGCCGAAACGGUGGAGAACGAGCUUAUCUGGAGCAGGGUGGAGUGGCUUGGAAUCCAGCGCUGCCCCAGCCCCCUGGCCGAGGAGCACAGGAAACUGAUGUAUGCGGAAGAAACGUUUGUGUAGAGCACUCACACCUUCACGUGCUGGUUUUGGUUUUCCUCAAAUGUAGGGAGGAUUGAUCCUGUAAAAGGGUCCUGUAAAAUACUUGCUGAGAUGUGAAGAAUUUUACCAGGCUGGUGUAAAGCAACAUCCAAUGUGCUCAUUCAUAGCUUUUGUCUUGUGCCCAAAAGAAAGAACAGCCACAGAUGUCUGCUAGCUUGAGGCUUUGUGCAAAAGGUGUUGGGCUCCCUUCCAGCUCCAGUGCCCAGAGAGGAGGGCGGGAAGGAAGGAGUUGGAGCCCUCAAAGGAAAGUGUUUGUUCAGCUCCAUGCAAACGUCACAGUGCAGAACCCACAAGAACCUAAGAUGACCUGUUCAGGCACAUUGAAAAAUGCCACAGAAAUUUUGCUCCAAGUCUUCCUUCAUUCCCUUCAGUUCUCCGUUUCUCCUUCCUUGCUAUUGCAAGCUUUUACAUUUUGCACUGUUCUCUAGUUUUAUUGAAUUUGUAAAACCUGCCAUGGGCCCGUAUUAGAGCGAAAUAUAGAGACAGAAGGAUGAGAGAUGGGAUACAAAAAUGAAUUACGCCUUUGUAUGGAAGCAGAGCCUCCUUGAUUUCCUGUGGAAUGUACAUCCAAGUAGGCGUUUGUAGGGUCACAGCCCUCUUCAUUUUUAGUGAUGAUUUCCAAAAGAAUCUAAAAAAACCUGGACACUCACUGACUUUAAUUAUGAACUGAGCAUCAGACUUCCUCAGAACCUUCAACCAGUCUCAUCCCUAUUGUAACUGUUGCUGUGCUCCCUUCCUUUCUCCAUAAGACAUAUUUAUUCCAGUUGGGGCCUUAAUGAGGGAACCAUUCAAUGGGGGGGGGGAGGAUGGUGACAUUUCAGCAUUGUCUUUGCUGGGCUAAGGAUUCAAACAAACUUCUGUCACUUUUUUAAGGAUCUAGAUUGGUUUGGGUUUGCAUUAUGUCCAAAGAACCUGCGGAAGUUGUUACGCCAGGCAGAUGAGUAUGUGACAAAGCAAGAGGUGUGUUGGUCUGCUAAUUUUGGAAUUGUCAGUUGGCUGCUUUCUACUUAGCGAAGGCCUAUUGAAGCUCUCUUAAGGUAUUCCAGACUGGCCAGAUUUCAUGUGGCUUAUAGUACAUACCUUGGAACACCGUGAAUGGGAAGUGCCCUCCAUGUUUCAGCUUGCUCUGAUGCUGAUUUGCUUCAUAUACAUAAACCUUAGUUCUGUCUAAGGUUUUGCACUAACGUGGCCUUUUAAAAGUUUGGACAAAUGUCUCUGAAUGCCUCUCCUUUGACCACCUUGCUACUUUCCUUUACCCCUCAAGUCCCUAGUUCAGCACUGACAACUUGAUAUAUUUUUGUGCUAAUUUAUUUAUACGGUGAAGGGAACAAAGGAGUUGUUUAUGCCUUUCUACAACUCUAGGUACUUCACAGUCCUGUAGAAAUAUCUCAAGGUCCCUCCUAUUCCAGCUGUUUUUAAACUUUGCUGCAUCAAAGUUACUGGUGGUUAUGAUUAUUGUCAUUUAUAAUGUCUCAAAGUGACUUACAAAUGAUAGUAAAAUAUACAGAACAAAAUGUUUAAAACUAAUAUACAACACAAGGUAAUCAAACUGUAAAAACAAUCCCUCUGCCUGCUCCUCCCCCCAGCAUAGGUCUGACCACCAGAAAAAGCCACACUCCCACCCCUGAAAGGGGAUGCCUGAGAUAAAAGAAUUCUCUUUAUCCUGUGCCAAAAAGGUGUCAGCGUCAGUGCCAGGCAAGUCUCCCUGGGGAGAGCAUUCCAUAGACAGAGUCACUACUAAAAAGGCCCAUUCUCAUGUUGCCACCGCCUGGACUGCUGCUGGUGGGACUCCCAGAGAAGAUAUCAUGGCAGGCUCGGUACAGGAUUGGGGUCCUAAGCCAUAUAAGGCUGCAUAGGUUAAAACAAGCACCUUGAACUGGGCCGAGAAACUAAUUUGGUUGUAUCUACAGUCCAUAAUCUAGAACUCACAGUCCAGGCAAGAGGAAAUAUAUCUGUAGAAAAAUGUACAAAAGCAACACGGGCAAUCUGAAAUGAAAUGGUAACAAAUGGCAAAUAGAAUCCUAGGAUAGUAGAGUUGAAAGGGGCCUCUAACGCCAUCAAGUCCAACCCCCUGCUCAAUACAGGAAUCCAAGUCAAUAGGUCUGGCAUACCUCUGAGUGUUUUUCAAUAGGCAUGCUCUGCUGUGGGUUGUGCUGAGCCCCAAAACACAAUUUCAGGGAAAACAGAAGUGGCUGCUGUCAGAAUGUGCCCGGGGGUGGGUGCACUGCCAGGGGAACUGACUCCCUCAGUUGAAAUCAUGCCACACUGCUGCAUAUCUGUGUGAUCCUAUGCAUGCUCCAAGUGAACAAGGCUGCAUAGGAUUCCAGGUUUCAGAGUGCUGGGUGGGGCACAUCUUUCGGCAAAAGAGGAAAGCCAGAUGUGUGUAGUGGAAAGACAGACAGAAAAGAGAGAGAGAGAGAGAGAGAGACAGACAGACAGACAGAAAAAAGAGAGAAAAAGGGUAGCACAAACAGAGUUCAAAAGGUGUGGAAGGUUUUCAGACUGGACCACAUUGGAAAGAAAGAUGGACUACUUUUUAAUUUGCUUUCAUUGCUGGUUGAAGAAGCUUUAAUGGUGCUCAUGAGCUACUCUUGAACAUUUUUCAUUGCAUCUAAAAACAAAUAUAGGAUGGAAAUCACUUUACAUUUUCCCAACCAAGUUUUAAACUGGAAGAAAAAGAUUAUCCCUGCCAAUCAGUGAUCAUUUUUAAAAAUCAUAUUAUCACCAUUAUUUCUGCCUCAUGUUGGUUGGUGGCUGUUGUGUGAGGACAAGCAUAAACCCUCUACUGUCAAUUUGUCUUGCACAUAAAAACUUAUAAAGAGACAGUCUUCUUCUCUUUACAUUUCAUAAGUGAUUGUAAAUAACUCAAUAAAAGA